UGUCAGUGAAAUGUUACGUCGGUGGUCGACACUACUUCGCGGGUCGCCCGCUUUGCCAUGGCGGCAAUUCUCUAGUACUUCCGACGGACAUGUCGACUACAUCGAAGGUGUGAAGUUGUUGCAGCUACAGGACGUGGACAGCGCGAUCUCGCGAUGGACGUCGGCGGCGGACGCAGGCCAUGCCAAGGCCUCGAGUGCCCUCGGGCACCUCUACUUGCUUGGGAAAGGUGGCGUUGUCGAGCAAAACUUGCCACGAGCAGCGCAAUACCUCAAGCAAGCUGCCGACCAAGGUCAUGCCAAUGCGUGCCACCAGCUAGGUCGCAUGCACCUCCUUGGGUUGCAUUUUGCCGUCGACGGCGCGGCAGCGUUGCAGUGGUGGGAACGUGCGGCCGAACAAGGGCACACGGCGGCGCAGUACGAUCUCGGGUACAUGUACGACAAGGGCGUGCAUGUGCCCGCGGACAAGUCGAAAGCGUUCAAACUGUUCUCCCAUGCAGCUAAGGAAGGCAUGCCCGAAGCCAUCCGCGCCGUCGGCAACGCGUAUCUUGUCGGCGACGGCGUCGAGGCCAAUCCCGCCAAGGCGUUCAAAACGUUUCUGAAAGCGGCCGACACGGGCAACGUCCAAGCGCGCUUCGACGUCGGGGCGUGCUACGCGCUCGGUCGCGGGACCGACGUGGACUUGGCCAAAGCCGCCGCGUCCUUCUUCCUGGCGGCGGAAGGCGGCGUUCCGGAGGCGCAGCUGUGUCUGGCGCAGCAGUAUGAGUUUGGCCGAGGGGUGGAAGCGGAUUUGGCCAAGGCCAAAGAAUACUAUACGAUGGCGGCUGCGAAGAACGUGCCCGAAGCCAUCGCCCGACUUAAGGACUGGCCGAACUGAAUCACUUGAAGCUACAGUUUGUGGCUGUUUGUAAAUAGACGAUACGUUCAAGCAACAACUUGAAAUGAAGGGAAUAUUUCUAGUGC